UCGCGCUUUUCCCAUGACGCCGGCCUACAUUUGUUGAUGUUCUGAGAAAACAACUAGCAGUUCAGCGUGUAUAUUUCGUUUCUGUGGUUUAUUAUUGUGUUAAAUAAAGUUUACAAGCGAACAGUUUGUGCGGGCAACAUAUAAACACAAUGUCCGACAGUGAGCAGAGCGUGUACGCCAAGCGCACCAAGACGAUCCACUAUGGUUCGCUGGAGGAGUCGGAUCGUUGGCAUGUGGACCGCAAGGAUAACGAAACGGAUGGUUCGGGAAAAACCGACUACAGUCAGCUUACCACAGCCGACUACAUGGCUCUAGAUGAAGAUGUCGCCAAAGAGAAAGCAGCACUGCUGGAGGAAUUCGAACGACGGAAAAAGGCACGCCUGAUUCACGUCAGCACGGACGAUGGGGAGGUGAAGAGUGCGCUACGGAAGCUAAACGAACCAAUCUGUUACUUUGGCGAAGGUCCUGCCGAUAGGCGGCUGCGAUUGAAAGAACUACUAUCGGCACUGGGCGAAAAAGGUUUACCGGCAGCAAAACCGGCUAAGGAAGAGGAGAAACCUAAAAGCCAACAGAAGGAAACGAAUGAAUCGACCUGGUAUCACGAAGGGCCGGAAAGUUUGCGUGUGGCAAGGUUUUGGAUAGCAAACUACUCGUUAGCCCGUGCCAAGAAACGGUUGGAAGAGGCGAGCGAAAAGAUGCGUCAACAUUCGGCCACCAAAGCGGGCCGUAUGGUGGAACUGCAGAAACGCAUCCAACAGCUCGCCCCGCAAUGCAGCCAGGUUGGCGACACACGUCCGAUCACCGGGUGCAGCAUAAACGAGGACUCUUCGCUACUGCUAACUUGCAGUUUGAGCUCCCUCUGUAAGGUUUGGUCCGUUCCUGAUUGCACCCUGAAGCAGACGCUCCGUGGGCACAAGUUCAACGUAAGUGAUGUGGCCUUCCGGCCGGGUGUUGCCAACGAUAGUAAAUCCGAAGUAGCGAUGGCUUCUUGUAGCUUCGACGGUUCAGUUAAACUAUGGUCGUACGACAGCGAAGAGUCGAUAGCCGACAUCAACGGACAUGUGCCGCACCGGGUGGCGAAACUGGCAUUCCAUCCCUCUGGGCGAUUCCUGGGGACGGCCUGUUACGACGCAUCCUGGCGGUUGUGGGACCUGGAGCAGAAGCAGGAAGUGCUACAUCAGGAGGGUCACACGAAAGCUGUACAUUGCAUCGCUUUUCAGGUGGACGGUAGUGUAUGCGUCACUGGUGGACUGGACGGUUUUGGUCGAGUUUGGGAUCUUCGGACGGGCAGAUGUAUCAUGUUUCUAGAGGGCCAUCUGAGCGCUAUUUACGGCGUGGAUUUUUCUCCCAAUGGCUAUCAUAUUGCAUCCGGUAGCCAGGAUAACUCGUGCAAGAUUUGGGAUUUACGAAGACGGCAAAUGGUGUACACAAUUCCCGCCCAUACGAAUCUGAUAUCGGACGUAAAGUAUCAGAAAAAUGGUGGCAAUUUUCUGGUGACAAGCAGCUACGAUAAAACUGCUAAGAUCUGGUCAGACAAAACAUGGCAACCGUUAAAAACUCUGUCCGGGCAUGAUGGUCGUCUCGUCGGUGUGGAUAUUUCGCACGAUUCCCAGUACAUAGUGACUGCAUCAUAUGAUCGUACGUUUAAGCUGUGGGCUUGGGACUAGAUCAUUAGCAUGCUAUGCAUUCUACCUGAAUCCUUGUGGCUGAAUAGACACAUACUGAACACUGAUCAAGAAAUAAUAGAACCAACCACCAGAAUGGCGUAUAAAAAA